AUGUCCCGCCGCAGCCAGCGCCUUGUCACCACGCGCUAUUAUCCCGGGGACGACGAUGCCACCACCAGCAGCAGCAGCAGCUCUCUGAUGGGGGGCCAGCAGCUCCCCUUUAAGGAGAGCACCGGCAGGACCAUCAGGAGGAAAUCCAGCAGCACGAAGCGCCUCUCUCCUGCCCCUAGCACCCAGACCUCCUACUACAGUGAGUCACUCAUGAGCGAGUCCUACCUUGGAGGUAGCCGGGGUCUCGCUGCCCUGGGCAACUCUGUGCUGGACGAUGCCCUGGACCGCAGCACCUACUGGGGUGAGGAGCUUUCCACCAGGAGGAGAAGAGGCACAGGGGACACAGAGUCUAGUAAGAUCAAUGGGCUGCUGGAGAGCAAGACAUAUGACACCUAUGCCUCUUCAUCUGGCUACUCCUCAGAAGAUGACUACACUGGUCACUUUUACUCAGGCCAUAGUAGCUCUGGAUCAGGGCUGAGAACUGCAGCCUCUCGAGUGGGCUCCUUCUUUUGGCAGGUGCUCACCUCCCCAGUUCGGUUCGUGGGGUGGUUGUUCUCGGGGCUGGCAGCUGCCUGGCACCGCCUCAUCAGCACAGCUCCUCACCUGGGCGGCAUUUCCUUCUCCAGGCGCUACCCGUGGCUGAAGAGGUUCCUGCUUCUGCUGCUGCUUCUCCUGCUUCUCGCUGCUGCCACCUAUGGAGCUUGGUACUUCUACCCAUAUGGGCUGUCAGCACUCAGCCUCCCUUCCUUCCCAUGGUGGGGAGCUGGCAAGCUUUCCUCCUCUGAUGUGCCAGGGGCAGGGGACUUGACUGCACUGGACCAGGGUCUACAGGGGGAGCAGCGGUUCCUGGCUCGUUUUCAGGCCCUGGAGAAGCGCUUCGAGGCACUUGAGGACAUGGUGUCACGCUGGGGGCUGCGACGGGGGGCGGCAGCAGUGACAGCAGGGGACGACAGCCCCUCAGGGGAUGUGCUGACACUGCUGGAGGGACUGGUGAACCGCAGGGAUGCGGCACUGAAGGAGCAUCUCCGUGCUGACUUGACCAGCCAUCUCCAGGGUGAACUGGAUGCUCUCCGAGCCCAGGUGCAGAGGGAUUUAGAUGGGCGCCUGGGGAAGAUGGCACAAGCCUCUCAGGAGAUGGAGGCACGCUUGCUGGACCUGAACUCGGAGUGGCAGAGCUCAGUGCAGGAGGACCUGCAAGGAAGCUUUCAGCAGGAGGUGGGCAAGCUGGAGCAGGAGGUGGCAGCACUGAGGAGGGAGCUGGCAGGCCUCAAGUCUGACCAGAAGGUGAUGGGAAAGCACAUGGAGGGGAUGCUGGAGCAGCUGAAGGCAAUGCGGGCAGAUGUGGAAGCGCAGUUCCCGGCAUGGCUCACUCGGUUCCUGUCACAGUCCCAGCGGGAUGGUGCCGCUGGCCUUGUCCUCCAGCAGGCAGACUUGCAAGCAGAGCUCCAGGCCCUGGAGCACAAGAUCCUGGCUAAAGUGUCAGAGAACCAGAGGCUGUCAGCACAGGGUGCUCAGGCUGGUAGUGGAGUGGCUCUGCAGCGAGGGGGGACCGCAGGGGUGACAGAGGAGAAAGUGCAUCUCAUUGUGGACCAGGCCCUGAAACGCUACAGUGAGGACCGCGUGGGGAUGGUUGACUAUGCCCUAGAGUCAGCAGGGGCCAGUGUCAUCAACACACGCUGCUCGGAGACCUAUGAGAUGCGGACGGCACUGCUGAGCAUGUUUGGCAUCCCCCUGUGGUACCAGUCGCAGUCCCCCCGUGCCAUCCUGCAGCCAGAUGUCAACCCCGGGAACUGCUGGGCCUUUCGUGGGUCCCAGGGCUUUGCUGUCAUUCGCCUUUCUGACGUCAUCCACCCCACAGCUGUGACGCUGGAGCACAUCCCGAAAGCCCUCUCACCCCAGGGGACCAUACCCAGUGCCCCCAAGGACUUUGCUGUCUAUGGCUUGAAGGAAGAGAGAGAGGAGGAGGGCCACCUUCUUGGGCAGUUCACCUACAACCAUGAUGGUGACGCCAUCCAAACCUUUUACUUGAAGGGUGAUGGCAUGGGCACAUACCAGCUGGUGGAGCUCCGGGUGCUGAGCAACUGGGGACACCCUGAAUACACCUGCAUCUACCGCUUCCGUGUGCACGGGGAGCUGGCACACUGACCUCCGGCUCCCGCAGGGAUGGGAAUGCUGCUGCUG